AUGGCGGCUUCAUCGUCGUCCUCCGACGCGUCCUCUGAUUCUUCGGACUCUCAUCGCCGCCGUAAGGAUCGCCGUCGCCACCGUCGAAGCGAACGAGACAGAGACUCUCUCAAGGUGCGUAAGAAGAGCCGAUCCAGCUCAAAACGAAGCCGUAAACGCCAGCACCCUUCCGAUUCCUCUGAUUCUUCUUACUCCGAUUCCUCCAGAGGUGAGAGCUCAGAUAGUGAGCACGAGAAGUCACGAAAGCACAAGAGGCAUGAAAAGCCAAAGAAGGCUAAGGACAAGGAGAGAAGCAAGAGUCAUCGUCACAAAAGGCAUAAGAACAGAGAAAGAAAGAAGGGGGAUGGAGAAGGAAGCAGCGGGCCUGUUAAACUAUCCAAGUUUCUGAGCCGUGAUAAGGAUGAUGGUGACCGUAGAAGUGCUGUCUCAGGGAAAAAGAUUCUGCUGAAGGUUGACAAGUCGAAAGAGGACAAAGCUGCAGAGAGCAAGAGAAAUGAAUUGCUUAAGUUCUUGAAUGCAAGUUUCGACUAG